UGGGAUCAAACCCGGGGGUAAUCUGAUGAGUCUCUGUUUGAAGUGAUUAUCACGGAGGGAAACUAAGGGAUAGCCCGGCUUCUCGCCGAAUUAGCAAAUUUAGUGCAGAGCCUUAAGAAGUUUAUAAAGACACUGGCUGAGGAGAGGAGGGGACAGUCCUCAACAUAUCAACUCAUAUCAACUCACCAGGAUAGCCACCGGAUAGCAGCAGCUUAACCGCAGUCCUACUGCUACUUUGAGCUGUUCUACAACUAGCAGACCAGACCUGAAGACAGUCUCUCUCUGACUGAUGAGAAUGCCACACUUAAGGGACUGUAGUUAUUACAAGAUGCGAGACGGAGGCCGAGUUUCCAACGUCUGUAUGGAACAGGUCCAGAGCCACCUGGAGGGCUCUAAGUUCCACCUGCACCAGGCCCAGAGUCAGCAGGUCAAGCAGUACCUGACCCUGGGUUCCAAGCUGGCCGGGGGACAGGGGGGCCACCCUCACCCCACUGCGCAGGGAGGGCAGCUCCUGGGCACCGUUCCAGUGAUGAGGAAUGGCCACAUGGACCCCCUCAGUGAUGGCAGCACCCCCAGCAGCCCCGUUACACUGCUGACCCUGGCAUCCAACCACGACAGCGAGUUUCCAAUGGAUGAAGUUAUUGAUGACUUGAUUAGCCUGGAGUCCGGCUUCAAUGACGGGGGCUUGGAUUGUAUGGAUCCCAGCAUCAUAAUGCAAAACAAUGUGCUUAGCAGAAGCAUGCUGGACAUCUAUGGGUGUGAACCAGAACAUGAAACGAGAGUGAUGGCCAAAGAACGACAGAAGAAAGACAAUCACAACUUGAUUGAAAGAAGAAGAAGAUACAAUAUCAACUACAGAAUCAAAGAACUUGGAACAAUGAUACCAAAGUCGAAUGACCCUGAUAUGCGCUGGAACAAAGGCACCAUUCUCAAGGCGUCGGUGGAGUACAUCAAGUGGCUGCAGAAGGAGCAGCAGCACGCCAGAGAGCUGGAGAACAGGCAGAAGAAGAUGGAGCAGGCCAACAGGAGGCUACUGCUCAGGAUCCAGGAGUUGGAGAUCCAGGCCCGUGCUCACGGCCUCCCCAGCAUGGCCACUGCCCUGGGUACUGUAGAGCUCUCCUCCCACCUCCUCAAACAACAGCAGCAGCCCUUGGCUCCCCAGUCACAGCAGGGUCCCCAGCCACCCCUGUACCAGGAAGAGCUGGACGGGGAGUACCUCCAGAGGACCUCCAUGCCAGCCAUGACCACUGGGGGUGUCACUGGGGUUACAGACCAGGGUCAGGGGGUGGUUGACGGCUCCACCACUUUCUCCGACCCGCUGUCUCACUUCACAGACUUCUUCAGCGCCACGCUCAAAGAGGAGCAACGGCUGGACGAGAUCCUCAUGGACAACCCGCUCUCGCCGUUCGGCAUCGACCCGCUUCUCUCCGCCGGCUCACCCGACGCCUCCAAGGACUCCAGUCACAGGAGCAGCUUCAGCUCGGACGAUGGCGAUGACGACCUAUGAUCCCUGACCCCUCCGCGACCCCACGGUGACCCCGUGUCAAAGUUCAAAGGACAUAGAGCAGUUGGUCACCCUCACAAAGUGGUGCAGGGAUUUGUUCCAGCCCAGCACCAACAACACAUCCGAUUCUACUGACCAGCUCGAAUCAUUGAGAGCUUGAUUAGUGGGCUCAGGUGUGUUAGUGCUGGGCCGGAGCAGAAGCCUGCACAUCCUGUGGCUCUCCAGGACCAGGGUUAGUUACCACUGGCACUCCCACUUUUUACAAACUUUGGUGGAGAGUACAUACCUCGCGGACAGAACCAGACUCGUGAGAAAAAGGGAGAAAGACAAUCGGUCCAUACUGAUCAUAUAAUCCUGCUCCACAAUGCAUUGGACACUGGGGUUGUUGUACACCACUGUAAACUAUACUGUGUCUUUGCAAUAUGCCAAAAGAGGACAGUGUCCUUUUCAGAUGUGUACUAUUACAGUUAUUGUAUAAAAAGACUUUAAACCAUUGAGGUUCACUGAUGGGCCCUAUCUAGAGCUAGUUACUGGUGGUUCCUCUUUUAGUCAGAAAUUAAAAUGGAACAGUGAUACUUUGGCGAAAAAGCCUAACACUUCCUUUGUUUGUCUUUAAAUUUAUUUUUACAAAAUGUUGUAUGUAUUUAUGUGUUUUAAUCCAUGUAUUCCUAAAAAAAACAUGACAUUAUCUAACAUGCUCUCUUUUUUUAUUCUUAGUGGGGGUGGGGAAAAUAUAAUAAACCCCUUUUUUU